CGUCGACAUUUGCUCAGAAUAUUUGGCGUAUAUACAAUGAGCGUUCUAGCCAAGGAGAGCGUCCAGGCCAUUGCAGAUACAGCUGGAAUCUCACUGAAGGACGAAAUUGCCAAUGCGCUUGUCCAGGAUGUAGAGUACAGAUUACGGGAGAUCAUUCAUGAAGCUGGAAAGUUUAUGCGCCAUGCCAAACGGCAAAAGCUCCACUCGGAUGAUAUUAAUUAUGCCCUUCGUGUGCGGAAUGUGGAGCCAUUAUAUGGGUGGGAAUCAGGCAAAUCGUCUCGGUUCAACCUGAUCACGCAAGGCACACAGCAAAUAUAUUAUGUCGAGGACCAGGAGCUGGAUUUGGAAGACAUCUUAAAUGCACCAUUACCUCCUGUUCCCUUGGAGGUUACCUAUACUGCUCAUUGGCUGGCCAUUGACGGAGUUCAACCUGCCAUUGUUCAAAAUCCUACACCUGCUGAGUUGCAAGAGCGUAAACUCAAACCUGCCACCGCCGCACCAGCUCCGGCGGAACAGAUCUCUGCUCCAGUUUCCAUAAGCGGGGAAGCGCCAGCAGAAACAUUGGUGAAAGCCGUUCUCACGAAAGAAUUGCAGAUUUACUACGAGAAGGUCACUGAAGCUGUGACGAGUGGCUCAGAAGAAUUGCGAUCUUUGGCUGUUGAGAGCAUCUCGAAGGAUCCAGGAAUUCAGCCCUUACUCCCCUACCUGAUCCAAUUCAUCGCUGAGCAAGUCACCCAAAAUAUGCGCAAACUCGAUAUAACCCAUUCAAUGAUGCGCUUAAUAAGAGCAAUCUUGCAUAAUAACAACCUCUUCGUCGAACCAUAUCUACAUCAACUCAUCCCCAAUAUUCUAACAUGUAUUGUGGCAAAGAGAUUAUGUGCAGAUCCAGCAACAGAUGAUCACUGGACGCUUCGAACAUAUGCUGCCAAAUUAAUAUCGUACAUAUGCAAUCAAUAUGGAGCGACGUAUCAAAGCCUGCAACCCCGCAUCACCAAGACAUUAUUGCGGGCAUUUCUGGAUCCUCUUAAGCCGCUAAGUACGAACUACGGAGCGAUUGUAGGUCUAGCAGCCCUAGGACCAGAGGCAGUGCGAGUACUGUUACUACCCAACGUGAAAGCAUUUGGGGAUCGCAUACAGGACGAUUUGAAUGCAAUGGAAGAUGACGGUCCUCAAGCGGUUCGAAAGAUGGAAGCCGAGAAGUGUCGGGAAGCCUUGGUGGGAACUGUCGCGGAUCACAUUCGGCGGGACAUGGAGGAGAGAAGAAAUAGUGGGCAAUUAGUCACCGAGGGAGAUGCUCUACUGGAGGAAGUUCGGUCAUCAUACGGCUUUUUGGCUCAUAGCAUAUGGCAUGAGCUGUACCCUUCGGCCAACGGGUUAAGAUAAAACCGUCUUUGCCUUGGAAUUAAUUUAAAAAGCUGGCAAAAGUAGUAACACC